AUGAUUCCCCUGUGGGCCGUGGCGCUGACGCGGUUCCUGACGCUGAUGGCCCACCUGGUGGCCCUGGGCAGGGUCGCAUGGGCGGGACACCCCGUCCGCGCCUCGCUGCCCCUCGAAUUCUCGGCGGAGGAGUACGCGCGUGUCAACACCGAGCUGCUGUGCGCCCUGGGGUUGGCUGCGGGGCUGCUGGCCAUCGAAUUUGGGGGUUUCUUCGCGGGGGUGUCCAGGUUCCACCGCUUGCAGGGAUGUUCUCGCUGCGGUUCCACGCGGCAGCCUCCUUCACCCUGUAUUAUGCCCUGAGGAAGUGCUGGGAGGUGAGGGGCUUCUGGCUGCUCCUGGGGCUCUACAGCGUCCCCCCUGCCAUCACCGAGCUGCUGCUGCUGGUGGUGGCCGCCCUGGGCCGCAGGGGGAACCUGUGAGCAGGGGG